UUUCUAGCUGGUCCUGUGCUCUGAGACCUGCCGGGAGGAGGAGGGGGCGGAGCUGCGGCUGCUCGCUCAUCCUCGCCAGUCAGCUAUUCUUUCUCCACUUCACGCAUCCUCUUGUACAAAGCCUGGAAGAGCCGGGCCUGGCAAUGGAUACGCAGAAAGAAGCUUUGCAGAGGAUCAUUACUACACUUGCAAAUAAAAAUGAUGAAAUACAGAACUUUAUUGACACAUUAAGUCAUGUCCUUAAAGGUGUGCAGGCGAACUCUACCAAAGUUCUCUCAGACUUAGAUGAAGAGUUUGAUAGCCUUUACUCAGUGCUGGAUGAGAUGAAGGAGAGCAUGACUAACAAUAUAAAGCAGGAACAGGCCCACAAAACCCAGGAGUUACAGAAUCAGCUGUCCCAAUGUACAAAUGCCCUGGAGAGCUCUGAGGAGCUAUUAGAAUUUGCUUCACGGUCUAUGGACAUAAAGGAGCCUGAGGAAUUUACCAAGGCUGCCAGACAGAUCAAGGAUAGGGUCACAAUGGCUGCAGCUUUCCGUCUCUCGCUGAAACCAAAGCUCAGUGACAACAUGACACAUCUGAUGGUGGAUUUUUCCCAGGAACGGCAAAUGCUCCAGUCCUUGAAAUUCUUACCAGUGCCCAAAGCGCCAGAGAUCGAUCCAGCAGAUUGUCUAGUAGCUGAUAAUUGUGUGACUGUAGCAUGGAGAAUGCCUGAAGAAGACAACAAGAUCGACCAUUAUGUUCUGGAAUAUAGGAAAACAAACUACGAUGGCCUUCCAAGGGUUAAAGAUGAGAGAUGUUGGGAGAUGGUUGAUAAUAUAAAGGGAACAGAGUACACGCUUUCUGGUUUGAAGUUCGACUCCAAGUUUAUGAACUUCAGAGUACGUGCUUGUAACAAAGCUGUAGCAGGGGAAUACUCCGAUCCCAUCACACUGGAAACCAAAGCACUGACCUUCGGCCUGGACAACACAUCGUCCCAUCUUAACUUAAAAGUCGAGGACUCCUAUGUAGAAUGGGAUCCAAUGGGUGGAAAAAGUCAAGAAAGUAAAGUGAAAGGAAAAGAGAACAAAGGCAGUGGCCAUGUUACCUUGAAGAACAACCCCAGAAGUGCGACUCCUUCACCGAAGAGAACAUCUGUCACUUCUCGGCCAUCAAUGGGUAGAGGCAGCCGAGACCGAUUCACAGGAGAAUCUUAUACAGUGCUAGGUGACACAGCAAUCGAAAGUGGACAACAUUACUAGGUGAAAGCUCAAAAGGAUUGCAAAUCAUACAGUGUGGGCAUCUCCUACAGAACAAUUGGCAAGUUCGACCAGCUCGGAAAGACAAAUACAAGCUGGUGCUUACAUGUGAACAACUGGCUACAGGCAACAUUUGCUGCAAAGCAUAACAACAAAGCCAAAGCCCUGGAAAUAGCAGUACCAGAUAGGAUAGGUGUAUACUGUGACUUUGAUGGAGGUCAUCUCUCAUUUUACAACGCAGACAAAAAGCAGUUACUGCAUAGCUUUAAAACAAAGUUUACACAACCAGUUGUCCCUGGAUUCAUGGUGUGGUGUGGCGGUAUCACAAUAUGCACAGGAUUACAGGUUCCUAGCGCCGUCAGAACACUUCAGAAGACUGAAAACGGAAUGAGCGGUUCAUCCAGCAGCUUAACUAGCGUUGCCCAAUAACGUCGCACUUUGAGAUGAUAGAAUGGGAAGUUUGCUCUGAGUGGAAUGCUAGUUUUCUUAUUUCAUCUAGUAACAUCAUGGCUACUCUACACCAAAAGCAGGAGCUAACUGAUCAAUAUGGGGUAAUUUGCCCGCUGCUGCUCUGAAGCUUGCAGUGUCCUUGGUGCCUGGCCGUGCUGCUCAGAUCCGAUGUUCGCAUCUGCUGCAAAUGAUUUAACAAGCGACUACUGAGCUAAUAGGGACUAGGCAGACUGAAAAUAUGCCAUUCUUUUAGGUUACUUGACAUUACCUUGAAUGCAGCCUGUGCAACUCACUUUAGGCGUAUUAAAUGACUUGAUUUUUUGAUUUCCACAAAUACCCACCUCUGUACUCUGUGGGUGAGAUGCAGUGUUCUGUAGAACAAAUGUAAGUUUAAAAAGACUGUCUCCAUUUUAAUUGGUUGUAGGUACUUGUAUGCUCAGAUUACUGAGAUGAGGUGCUUCUGCUCUGGGUCCAGGUCCUCUUGGUAAUGUCCACAUUGGGAAACAAAUGAAAUACAUGUAAUACUCUUGCAGGUAACAGUUAUUGACAGUAGAAAAAUACCCAGAUGGAUUGGAUUUGGUAGAUUGAGUGCAUAGCAGUUUGGUUAUAGGAAUAAUUAUGGGACCAAAGUGUGUUGAAGUUUAGAAAGUCUUUGGUGAAAUUCUGUCACAUCAGACAUUCUUAGUCAUGGUUUUGUAACAUUUUAUGGGAGGAACUUACUUAUUAAUUAUAGUUUUUGAUUUCCUUAAACUUUCUUUUAAAAGGAGCCUUUCAUUUGAUUUUUCUGCCCCUAAGUCAUCACUAGAGUCUUAGCCCGCUAGGGAAUAGCUUAAUAAACAUGCCCUUAUAUAAACUGUUUUAGCAUUAUGUAGAAAAUCUAUGUAUAAUACACUGACCAUUACAAGCCAACUCCAGCAGGAUUCGACGCAUGCGCAGUGAAGUGUACUGCCUCAGCUUCAUCUGUGCACUGCUCAUACACUGGGUACAGGAUAACACUAUGGUGGUGGUUUAGGAGUAGAAAAUCAAGUGAAAGGUUUAUUUUAAUGAAAGCUUGUAGAGCAGUUAUCACUUGUUUUUAAAGGGAUUCUCUGGACACUGUGGAAAAGAAAAGCAGUCUGUGGACCUGUGGAAGGAUGUUUUUGUUAAAGGGGUUCUCUGGGCUUUUAAUAUUGAUGACCUAUCCUCAGGAUAGGUCAUCAAUAUCAGAUU